ACAAGAUGGCGUCGCGAAACUCUCGUUGCUAUGUUAAAAAGAUCUAAAAAAACCAUAAAAUAUUCCCGAUUUAUUGCAAUUCGCGAUUACAAUAAAGAAACAAAGGAUUUAUAAAGCGUUUAUGAAAUGCGCUAUUAUAACGGACAUGGAUCAAAUUAUCAGGAAAGUUAUUUGAAAUUUUGCUGAAAACACAGUCAUGUUUCAUGUAUUGAUAACCGAGAGCGAGACUUGUUAUUCAAUAUCUUAUCUGUUUACAAUUGUAAAUAUUGGUUAAACUAAGUAUAACUGUGAUCCAUUUAUAUGAUCAUUAAUUUUAAUGCAUUGUCAUGAUGAGCAGUAAUAUUCGAACAGUGUAUGUAUUUAUGCUUUGUAAACUAAGCAUAAAGAGUUUAAAAAACUAUUUAAAAAAAAUAAAAUUGGACGUAUUGGACCCUACAUUGACUCAAUGAUCUGUGUACUUUAGCUUCUCUCAUGUGAUCUGUCUAUGUGACUGACAAUGUGGGUAGUGUUAUUACUAGAUGAUAUUCAAUUCAAUGAUUAUUAUAUAUUGUGUGUUUUGUUCAUAAUUCAGGUAAAACAGAGAUGACCGCAUGGUUGGACAGAAAUAUAAUUAAACUGACAGAAGAUGUGUUGGAUACAUUUUUAAAUGUCGAUGAGAACAGAAAUAUUUCUGACCAGACAGAAGAUGUGUCUAAGAUUGUGAAUGUAGAUGAGCAACUGAAAGAUCAAAAUGAUAUCCCUGAAACACCGAAGGACGAACUAAAAGUGUCAUCUGCAAAUUCUGAUCAGAAGAUCCCUGAGACACCAAAGCCAAAGAACAAGAAGUCAUCUUCAAGUAUUUCAAAUUUUGAUCAGAAGAUCCCUGAAACCCCAAAAGACAAGCCAUCAUCUUCAAGUAUAGCAGGUUCUGGGCUUUGGCCCAACCAGGAAUCGGGGCUAUAGGGGAGCUGGACGCUCGAGGCCAUACAAUUAUGCCACACACGGCUACAGCUUUAACCCAAGGGGUAUGGGCAGACAACCCAGUCAAUAUGGACAAUUUGGUUAUCAGCAUAACCUGCCAAGAGGGGGCAGAAAACCCGCAGCAGUAGCAACAGCAACAUCAGCUGGCCCAAACUGAAAGCAAAAGAUUUUGAUGCUACUAUUACCACGUCACAGGGAUAUUUUAACGCUUCCACACAACGACAUACAACAUCCUAUGAGAAAGAAGUUGCAGUUGAUUGGAACAGUUGUGUCCGGAAAUCCCUUGCUGAUAGAGGCAUUUCAUCGCAGACUGCGGAAGGCAUCCUCAACAGCAGUUGUCGAUCAGGCACAAGAAAGCAGUAUUCAUUAGCUUGGAAGAAGUGGACUUUGUGGUGUAACAUCCAAUAUAGAGAUCCCAUUUGUCCAACUCAGGAACUAAUUUUAAAAUAUUUGUUUUAUUUGAAGCACAUGAAGCUAUCUUGUUUAAUUGUGGCGAUAAGUUAAAGCAUUCAAAGCCAGGUAAUUAUAAUAUUUUAAUUUUUAGGGCUUUUGAAGAUCCUCGACUCUGUCCAGUAAGGACUUUGAAAUGUUUUCUGUCUAAGACAAAGGAUUUAAGAAAAUCUAGACAAUUGUUUGUUUCUUAUUCAAAUGUUAAGGCUGUGUCCACCAGUAUCAUUGCAAGAUGACUAAAAUAUGUGUUAGAUCUUGCAGGUGUUGAUACAAACAUUUAUAAGCCUCAUUCAUUUAGAGGAGCCUCUGUUUCUGCUGCGUUCAUGAAAGGUUGUAAAGUGUCUGACAUAUUAAAAACUGCUGAUUGGUCAUCAGUUAAACAUUUCAAAAAAUUCUAUCUUAGGGAUAUUGAGCACUCUGAAAGCGAUCACGCUCAGUCAUUUAGUACUGCUGUUGUUUAGAGAAAGAACAUAGUAUUACUUAAAGAAACAUGUUGUUUCCACGAUGUUCUGAAAAUGAUCACAAGUAACAGUUUGAUUUGAUUACCCAUUGUAGAACUCAUAUCUGCUGUAAUAAUUAUGAAGAUUGUUUUUUUGUCUUUUCUGAUGUGCAUUUACAUUUUUGCUUUAAUUAGUGUUUUUCAAAUAUCAGUUACAAUUGUAUUUGUUUGACAAGGUAUAAAUAGUCAUAUAGGAAUGCUCUAUUUUUUACUAUGAAUCUCCCCUAUGAAGAUAUUUUGCCCAAAUGAUAUUACGAAAAUAAUUAUGUUCAUGAAUGUUCUUAAGUUCAUGAACUUUUCAUCUUCAUGAAUAAUUCAUGAAAUGAAAAUAUCAUGAAUAGUCUCAUUUUCAGUUCAAGAGUCAUUCAUGAAUAAUUCAAGAACUGGAUGAUGAAUGUUCAUGAACUUUGUUUUAAGUAGUUUUAAACUUUUCAAUCAUUUUGCGCAUUAAAACACCAUGACUGGGUUACAUAUCAGUUUAACGGUACAUAAAGCAUUUGAUGAAUCUAGUUGCUAAUAAUAAAAUCUGUUAAGUGAUUGUUUUGCUUUGAUUUGUUACAGCCUGUGCCAUUUGGUUUGGGAAAAUUAGCGCGAUAAACCACGAAAUUGGAAAAAAUAGU